CAAUUGGUGUGCAAGGUCAGUUCGUACAUUUAUCUCCACCAUCUUCAGUCUGUAUUACUGGACGUACUUACCACCGUAUUCUUCCGGCAAAUGUCCCCAAUCAUUCAAUACAUUGGUAUCUUUAUGAUGAACAAGAACGAUAUCUUACAGCUCUAAAUCGUGGGGUUCCUGAUACAUGGGUAUCAGCUGUUCAAUCUAUGUUAACACGCAUUAAUCCUUAUGUUCAUUCUUUACAAAUGCUUCAAGAUAAUUCUUAUACUACAUUACUUGAACUACGUGAAAAUACAUCUACUGGUGAAAUUGCUGCCAUAAUACAUGCAAAUAAUACUGUUAACUUAUCACCACGUAGUAUUAUUAUUUGGCGCCAGUCAGAUACUGCACCUAAAUUUAUAAAUAUACUUAGUUCUCAAUAUGAACCACUCCAAUAUCCACUACUUUUUCCCCAUGGUACACCGGGAUGGCAUGCCAACAAUUCCUAUAAUUUGUCACAAAUUGAUUGGUAUUGCUGUCAUUUAUUACAUGAGCAGCGAUUUUUGGUCUUUGGAAGGUUGACAUCCGAAUAUUUGGUGGACAUGUAUUCACGUGUUGAAGAAGAAAGAUUAACCUAUAUCCUAAAUGAAAAAAACAAGCUUAAAAAAAAAAGAAAAACUCAGAGGCCAACC